AUGUUUUCACCAAGUGUGACUAUGCAAGAGAACUUUAUCGAAUCAAACGAUAGAAAAGGCUCAGUUAGGUUGGAUGCUGCCUCUGCAAGGGCAGAUUUCUCCAAGGAGUCUUCACAGCAUGGAAAUAGUGGGGAUGUGGAGAAGAGUAGCUCCAACAGCGGGAAUCUUGACUUAUUUCAAGGAGGCGGUGCCAAUCAGAUAAAUCUCAACAUUCCUUCGAAUAUCUCGAAGUUGCGGAGGGAUUCAGUGGCGCAUUUACAAGGUGUUGGAGGUGUCUCGUGGGGUUCGCUCGCGAUAGGAUCCUGGUUGAAAGAUGAAGUUGCAUUCCAUACAACAUUGAAACAGUCAAGAGAUCAUGAUGCCGCCUUGCAUUACAAUUCCGCGUCACGUGAUAAUCAACUACAUAUAAGAAGGCUGUCGCAAAUUGAUGGUGGGGCAACCACUGGUAAUAACUUGAAUAUCAAUGUCAAUGGCAACGCUACUGGUUACGGGAGUCCCGUAGGAUUAUUCAAUGCUACGUCUCCUCCUAUCGCGUACAGCUCGUACCUACCUAAUCUAGAAAAGCAAUAUUGUAAAGAUUAUUCAUGUUGUGGGUUAUCAUUACCAAGUCUACAUGAUCUACUAAGGCAUUAUGAAGAAGCACAUAUAUCUAUUUCCCCAAGAACGUUUGGUAAUAACAUGAAUGUCAGUGUAAAUUUAAGAAACAGCAUGGCAUCCCAAAAGAAAAAUGGCUUGAAGACAAACGAUAUUGGUGUCACUAAACAGAGCCUUCCUUCUCACAAUAUAAUUAGACAAGAGCUUAGUGAUCCCAGUAUAAAUGUUAGUUUAGCCCAAUCUCCCUUUUCAUCUCAUAAUACUAACCAGCCAAUACAUUAUCAACCUUCGGAGCAGCAUAGAAACUCUAACGUUCCUUAUUUAUACUUGAAUGGUGGUUCAGUUGGUGCAGUAUCUACAAAUGACGUCUUUUUAACUCAAAAGUUGAAAAGAACACAAGAGAGUAAAAAAAUUCCAAAUGCUGAUAAUAGUAAUAUAGCAGAUAUUUCAUCUAUCGGAAAGAUACCAAAUACUAAAUCUAGUGGAAAUACUAGUAACAUGCCUUAUACAGAAAAUGAUUUCAUUCUCAAUAACUACGGUGCAAAGGAAUCUGGAAAGCAACAGAUGUUUAUGUCAAUCUCUGGUAAUCAAAUCGCAGUUUCAUCAGAACAAUUGCAAAUCUCUAUGGGUGAUAUAGGCCAAGGCAAUAAUGAUCCAAGUAUGUUACUGCACCGACAAACAAAUGAUGAUGAUACAAGAUAUGAUGAUGAUGCCGAUGGAGAUGGGGAUGAGGACGAAGACGAAGACGACGAAGAUGAUGACGAAGAUGAUGACGAAUUUUCAAAUAAUAUUGCAUUUGCCAAGACAUCCCAUAGAGAUUCUACAAAUCAAGUAGGUUAUAUAGACGAUCCAGCAAGAAGGCUAUACGUUAUGGACCAUGAAGAGGAUAAACCUUUCAAGUGUCCGGUCAUCGGUUGUGGCAAAACAUACAAGAAUCAAAAUGGUUUAAAGUACCAUAAACUACAUGGGCAUCAAAAUCAAAAAUUGCAUGAAAACCCGGAUGGUACCAUCAGUGUUAUUGACCCACAUUCAAAUGAACCAUAUUUGGAUGGGAUCGGGGAUGAAAAAGAUAAACCUUAUCGCUGUGAAGUUUGCGGUAAACGUUAUAAGAAUUUAAAUGGUUUAAAAUACCAUAGAGGUCAUUCGACACAUUAG